UUAUACAUGAUAUACCAUAACCGUUAGAAAAAAAGGAAUCCCAAGCACUCCCGGCGUGACGAUGCAAUUGGUAGUGCGCACGGUAGCAUUACAAUAUGAAUAUGCGCCUUUUCGUCCUUUUUUCUCACUCCUAACAAUAUUCAUCUGCAUCUCUUCACUUCACCAACGGUAAUCUUCAUCCUUUCAGAUCAUGUUGCUGGAAGUGGAAUGUCUCCACGAAGUAGUAAUACCGACAAAAGACAUCGACACAAACGGAAUGGUCCCCGCACGUUUAGUUGUCACUAACCUUUUAAAAAAGCUAACAGCUUACAAAGCCUUAGAUGGAGACGGUUACAUUCUAGGAGUCACCAAACUAAAAACCAUAUGCAAGGGAAAACGCCACGAGUCCACAAAAUGCUUCUCCUUUUUGGUAGCCUUCAUUUGUCGCACUCUUUUGCCCAUGAAAGGUGAAGUCAUGUUUGGCAUCGUGCACAGGGUACUUAGAACCGGAGUUUUCUUGAAAUCCGGACCCAUGGAGCUUGUUUAUCUAUCGGCUCAAAAGAUGCCAAACUAUCACUUGGUUGACGAGGGAAACCCGUUGUUUUUAAGUAAUGAUUUGUCUAGGAUCGAGGAGGGUGUGGUGAUACGGUUCGUGGUUCUUGCAACUAGGUGGAGGCAGAUGAACUGUGACAUAUCGGUUUUGGCUAGUAUUGAAGGUGACUCGCUUGGGCCGGUUGCUACAGCCGGUUUGGAUGGGUUCGAGUUGUAGUUUGUGGUCAAUUAAGUGUAGAUAGGUUUGGUGGAUGGAGGAAGUUGUGAUUGAUUAUAGUCGUAAAGCUUACAUCCAAAGUUAUAAGUAAAGUUAGUUAUAUGCUUUUUGGAAACUUACAUCACCUGAAGUUAGGGUUAGCUGCUUAGGUACACUAAAAAUUAAUAUAUCAUGUCUAUCGUUACAUGUAUCCUUUUUAAUAUAGUAGGUAUGGACAGUUGUUAGGGCGUCGAUA